AUGGCAUUGCAAGAUGAUGAUCCUCACGAGAGACAGAAUGAGACUGCCGACCUAGGGCAGUACCUCUCAGAUGCCUAUGGACCAUGUCUUUGCGAGCCGACUCCUUCCACGACAGGCUGCCAUCACACGAACAUAUUCGGUCCAAGAUCCUCCCCAGGAAGACCUCAGCUAAAGAGGGGUCAGGAGAACAACGUCCUCAUAUACUCGGGCUGCUUCAAUCCGCCGCACCUGGGCCAUUACAGUCUCCUCCGACGGGCAUUCGAAGGCAGCCAAGAUCUCAACGUCAUCGCUGCCGUCGUAUAUCCGGUCAGCACGAGAGUACUGGAACGCAAGGCCGAAAGGAGGCAGCAAUGGCUCAUGUUCAACAUGGCCGACCGCUUUGAAGACAUGUGGAGUCGUGUUCUGGGAGCAGUCAAGCGAGACGGCUUCAAUCUCAAGUUCAUUGAGGUAGCAGGACCUGAUCAUGUCGUUCCCACGCGUGUAUUCAAGCCGUUUGAGUGGGAUUUCGGAAUCUACAGAACUAUCUUGAGCAAUGCUGGAAGAGAGUCUGAUCUUCUUCAACCUGGAGGUCAACUCGAGAGAAUGCGUGGAUAUGGGUACUGGGAGGAUGCCAUCGACUAUACCAAAGCUGCGAAUCCAAAAAACGACUAUCCAGACUCGAAGCACGAUAUGGUCGAGGACAUGGAGCGAACCAUUGUCAGCAAGCCUCGCUUUGUGCUACCCUCACCCACAUCGACCGUCGGGGCAAAUACACAGCCACAUGAAGUGGAUGGUCGCAUCCCAGACACGGACAACGAACCAGUUGCAGUCACCGACGCUCUCUCUGAAACAUGCAUAUCAGAAAACGAUGCUGGUUCAUACAAGAAGACGGAACACGGAAGCAACAUUAUUGUUCCCGAGAGACGGAAAAUCAAAGUUUGCCGACGAAUUGGCGACUCGGAAACUUGGGUUCGCUUCGUUCCAGCGGAUGCCACGCCCUUGACAUUCAGCUCAACCCGGAUUCGGCGUAUUCUGGAAGGAGGCUUUCCGAAGGAUGGGCAUCUGGCGGGAACUAGUUGGACGCGAAGUAUGCUGGAGGACGAGACCCUUGAUAGUGUCAAGGAAAUGGUCCUGCAUCCGGAGGUACUAGCAAGGAUUAUGCUUCAACGACAUGGAAUUCAACGGCUUGACGAGGCUUGA